CUUUGGUUCCCACCCAAACAAACAAAGCUCAGAUGGAGAUUUUCUCCCCCUCACAAACAGCCCUGUCUCCGGUCAGCUGAGUCCCGACACUCCGCUGGACUUGUUCGGAUAAUACCCAGAGACGAUGUCAGCCGGUUACCGUCUCUGUCUUUAACGUCAUCUAGAGGACCGAUCUGUAUUUUGAGUCAUUGCGCAACAGUGGCGGUAACGUUAACCCACCUAACGUUAGCUAGCUGCCGCUCUCAGUAUCCAGGCAGCAGCUGGAGAGAUGACAGUCGGUCUGUCGGUUACCGUCAGGACUCUAAAACAGGUUUGACCGGCCCGGUACGGCUCCUGCUCGGAGGAGGACAGACGGUGAAGAAGAUCUGUUGAGUGAAGCUAGCUAACGUUACCAGCACACAGCACACUUGUACAUCAACCCCCAGCCUCCUCCUCUUCCUCCUAUUUGCUGUGCUGCGGUCUCGUCCCGGGCUUCUCCACACCCUGUUACCAUGAGUGCAAUGCGUGUGGAUGCUAAAGUGGUGAUGCUGGGAAAGGAGAGUGUGGGGAAGACCAGCCUGGUGGAGAGAUAUGUCCACCAUCGCUUCUUGGUCGGCCCGUACCAGAACACUAUCGGUGCUGCUUUUGUUGCCAAACCAAUCCAGGUGGGAGAGAAGGUGAUUACUCUGGGAAUAUGGGACACGGCUGGAUCAGAGCGCUACGAAGCCAUGAGCAGAAUCUACUACAGAGGAGCACGCGCCGCCAUCGUCUGCUACGAUCUGACCGACAGCAGCAGCUUCCAGCGAGCUCGGUUCUGGGUGAAGGAGCUGCAGAACUGAGAAGAACACUGUAAGAUCUACCUGUGUGGAACGAAGAGCGACCUGAUUGAAGGAGAUCGGAGACUGCGCCAGAUCGACUACCACGAUGCUCAGGACUUUGCUGACGAGAUUCAUGCGCAGCAUUUCGAGACCUCCAGUAAAACAGGAAACAACGUGGAUGAGUUGUUCCAGAAAGUUGCCGAGGAUUACAACAGCACUGCCUUCCAGUAUAUGACAGCAGAGGAAACAGGCGUGGACCUGGGCCAGAAGAAGGACUCAUAUUUCUACUCCUGUUGCCAUAACAACUGACGCCAAGCAACAGGAAGAGAAACAGAAGUGGUCACCUUCCCCUCGGCUGAAGUAAAAACCUGAAUAUGCUGGAUGGGCGGUCACAUAACUCAGCUCUGGUCCUGGGAUCUGCUGUUACACCUUGUUAGAUAUGUUUAUUUCUUUUGUGCCAUAAAGAACUAACGGCUGCAAGACUUUAUGGAAGAGGAUCUACUCCUGCUGCAACUGUUACUGGGUGGAGUGGGAUUUAAAAACAACAGCGCUCCUGCUCUCCACCCUGUUAGGUCCCCUCUGUAGCUUCCUCUGGGCUGGACCGUGGAAGUGAACAUACCCUUAAAUCUGCGCUGUUAAACAAUCAGAAGUGAAAAAGAGGGAUCCCGCUGGACUCAGACCGGCUUAGAGAACGUGACUGUUGUAGCAGCGCUUUAGGAGGGUGGAUGGUUUGUUUACAGCAGUUCAUUUUUGUUUACCUCCAACACUAUUUAACCUUGUCAUGGAAAUUGUCUGUUAGUCUUGCACAUCUUCGAUGAAGCCCACAAGAAUGAAGUGAAGCCAACUAGGAUAUAAAGUGUCAAAAAACACACUCCUUUGUUCCCAGUCUUAAUUCAAAUUAAUUCUUAUACCUUUGUAAAUGAAAUGAUACCAAUGAUCUUUAUAAAGGCCUUAUUACCCACAGUAGUAAUGUCAGGACCGUGUGAGUGUCCAACUCUCCAGAGCACUGGCUCUUCAGUGUUUACUACGACAUUAUGGAUGUAUUAAAGGUAUAAUAUGCAGGAUUUUCCUAAAAAAGCAAACCCAAAAAACUAAAUAUAGAUUCAUACAAACGUAAUCCCUCUCAGUCAUCAGCGAUCUAUUUAUUUGGAGACAGGCUGUAUCUUCUUGUUUCCUACAUUCCCGUACAUCCUACAUUAAUAUUCAUGUUGGAGUUCAACUUUGGUGAACUUUGACUGGCCAAUAGCAAAGAAGUAUGUGUGGAGGAGACAUUGAGUAUGUUUACAUACACACUAAUGUUCCAAAUUUGACAAUAUUCUGAAUUUGAUACAGCUCAUGUUAACAGCACAUUAUGUUUAAAUAUAUACGUAAUUAGGCAUUUUUCCAAAUUUAGCAUAUUCAGCUCAGGGGAAACUUUGGUAUUUUUCAACCUGUCUCAUGUUUUUGUGUCUACGUGACUGAUGGCAAGAGUUUACAAACAGUAAACAACAAAUCCUGCAUAGCAUACCUUGAAGAGAGCUGGAUACGGCAUCACUGGUGGUCACUCAUGGUACUGCACCAAGAAAAAAAAAAUCCCCAGUGACCCAAAAGGCAUUUUUCCUAAAAAAUACCAUUAUAAAGGAGAUGUCUAAAAAACUAUUGAAUCUUUGUAUUAUGAAUUUUUAAUCCAGGAAGGUUUUAUAUUUGUAAAACUUGUGAAGCCUGUGGGAUGAGCGGGAACGUGUUGAUGGGACCAGCAGGUAAAGCUGAACCCUUCUUAAUAAGCAUCUUUUGUUCAAAUUAACGGCGGCCAUCUUUGGAGUCCUGUAUCCAAUUCCUGUAAUACAUCCAUAGUGACACCACGAGCAACAUGUCUCUGGUCCGUUAAACUUGUGCAGCAUUAAGCUAUGACUCUGAUUUUAAGGUGGCGGUUACUAAAAUGCCAAGUAAUUAAAUUGCACCGUGUGAGCUCGCUGAAAGAAAAUUUUCGGGACAGUUACUUUUCUACGUUUAAACUCUAAAUGUUCUAUUUUGUAAUUUAAAAUUCAUAGAGCACACAUGGAAAUGUGACUGUUAAAUUUUCUUUCAGUCUCCUGUGGCGGUGAAAUAUUCCUCCGAAGCUCUGAAAGGUUUUAAGACACACUGUUGCAGAAAGUUGUUUAAAGUUCUCCUCGGCUGUGGUGAGAAGAUUUCACCAACACAGCAAAAACAAGAAGCAUUGUGGGUGAAUGUUGUAACAUGGUUCAAACCGUCAUCUCAGUGUCCUCAGAACAAUAUUUACAGUUGUAUUUAACUUAAAGACUCUAAUUUAUUGCCUUUUGAGUUGUGCUGCCAGAAGACACGGGGGAAAUAAAUGGACACAGCGUCAGUUUCCUCCAUGUUGCUGCUUUGACGUGUUGAUGUUUCAUGUGUUGAUAUUUUGAUGCACAAUAUUUUAUACUGAGGGCUGUUUCAGACGGACCAGUGUAAAGUACAGUUAUGUUCUGUCAAAUUAAAAGCUGAAUGUUUCAAAGCUCUGUUAGAUUUUA